AUGAAAAGGACUUGCUGCUUUUGCCUUGCUCUCUUGCUGCCCGCUACAGUACAUGUAGCACAGGCUGUUGGUGGAUUCUUCGGUGUUGGAAAUGCGACUGAGACUCUGCAGAAUGGACAAUCCAUUGCCUUUGGUGUAGAAGGCAACGAUGUCACUGUGGUGUAUCAAAUACGAUACGGCGGGGACCACCCCGGCGAGACUGUGUAUGACUUAGAGCCAAGAGAGUUUAGCUGGGUGAUUCCUGUUCCCAAUAGACCAACCAAAGUGGAUGUGGGCUCAGAGCUCCUCUUUCAAGAACUCCACAAAGGAACCAAACCAGAGUUUGUCUUGGAUGUACGUAGAGGACCGGAUGCGGCCUCCUUUGGCGACACUUUACCCUGCGGCAGCCGCGUGGAGUACACUCCUGAGUGGUGCAAUGAUGGUGAUCCUCGAAUUCCGCAAUUUUCAGCCAGCAGUUCUCGCAACUCUCCCUUGGUGGAAACUGCGGGGCCGUACGAGUAUGUUAUUCUGGAGGGAGGGCCGAACGCAGAUCCAACCCAGGUCCUUCGAUAUUUGAGGAUCAAUGGGUAUACCCGAUCGGAGGGGGCCGAUGCAUUGUUGAACUUUUAUGCCAAACAGGGCUAUGCCUUUAUUGUGCUGCGGCUUCGUGGAAGGGAUGUUGGGGAAAUCCAACCACUUGUUGUGACAUACCCCCAAAAUGAAGAACCAGAAAUGGGGAUUUCCAUUUCACUGCGGAAACCAGCAGCAACUAUUCCAUUUCAAAUGGCAAGCACCUCCAUUGCAACAGAUUGGCAAUUUCAACCCAUUCAUGUCUAUGCUCUGGGCACUGCUCGUGCCGUACCCUUGAAUUUUCUGGAGGUGGAAUUGGAUGAUGCACAGGCAGACUGGCUAGAGACAGGGGCGUGCUUUAUUCAGCAGACGCCUCUUGGCAGUUCUGAUGUUGACGACUGCUUCUUUAAGGACUAUUUGGAUAGAUUUGAGGAAGCCACCAUGGAGUUGGCUAAUCAUUCCUUUGUCACUGAAUAUGCUGGCAGCAGUGACUUUGUGGCCAAUCAACUUUUCAUCAAUUUGACGGCAAAUGAAAUUGAAAAUGCUGCAUCUUGGGAAGAGUUUUCUGGGUGUUGCCGCCAUCGUCUACCAGACACAGAGCUGGUGGAGACAAUUUUGUCAAGGUUUGGAUACGACAGUCUGUUCAAUGACGAUCCCCCAGAAUGGAAUGCCACAGGCUUGGCAUGGGAAAUUGAUGAUAGGGUCUUGCAGCCGGCCAUUCAAGCGCAAGCAUGGGUGGACCAGUUUCCAUAUCUGACACGAAUGUUUGCUCGGUUGAGCACGGAAACAUUGUCCAAAGAUGCAUUCUUCACAUUCAACUCUGCACUGCCACCAGUGGACAAUGUUCAUCAAGCCACUGCUGUGGCCCAUUGUGGCGACAAUGGGACUGUUGUAAUUGUAGUUCCAGAUGAUCAAUCUACUGAUGGAAAUCCGGCGUGUGGCAGUGGACUGGAACUGGGUUUGUUGUUGAAUGAGGUUCAGGACCCGAAGAAAUCCAAAGCCAUAAAAGUCACUGCUUGGGGAUUUGAAAUAGAUGCCCCCGUUGAGGUGUAUCGGUUACUGGAUGGUACGUUUGACUAUGAUGAAGUUGCUGUGGCAAUAUCCUAUGGUGACUCUCUGGUUCCGGAUCAGACAAUCCCUGAGUACCUGUCCCAGGAGCCAGAAUUACUAGAAGAGGCAGCCAGGCCUCUUGCCCAACAUCAAGAACAAUUAGAUGCAGCCAUUUCCAAGUCAAGCGCAUCCGAUGGCUUCAAUGUCAAGAAAAACUCGCCCAGUGAACCCAUCCUUGCCACGUCCUCUACACCCCACCCCCUGUGUCUUUGUUCGGUAUUUGUUGCCGUUGUUGCUUGCUUGGUGGCGAACCUGUAG